AACAAUAAAUUUUUUGUUUUCCUUUUUCCUUCAUCGUCGUCAGCUCCGCCGCGAAACGGAGACGGGCAGACGGCCUGCCGCCGCCUUCCGACCGUACGCCCGCGCGCACGAGGAGAGGACGGAGCCGCGGGGCAAGACACCCCCUCCGCCCCUGCUGCGCCGCCUGGAUUUUGGUGCCGUGCCGCGACUUGGAGCCUCGGCCGACCGCCGUCGCCCUCUCCGGCCAGCCGCCAGGUCGGCGGCACUGGAAAAUCCAGUCAAGCAAGGGACGGCCCUGGAGGAGACGCCGCACUUGCGCGGUCCCCCCCUCCGCUCACCAGUCGCGGCCCGCACUGACUCUUCCCGUCUUCCGUCCACUCAUCCAGGCUCGUAGCCUUUCAGGCUUGGCCAUGCCUGUAAAUAUAGAUAUCGCUCCUUUCAAGCUGGACAUCGAUGAGCUGGUAGCUGAUUAUGCCAAGGAGAACUGUACGUCACUUGCUGAAUUUAAACGAGUGUGGAUGGCCAAGAAAUUUUCUUAUAUAUAUGAAGGCAGACCUAAGACAAACUCGGGUUUAUUCAUGCAGUCCCUCUUUCUGCAUUGUAUUGGUCAUUUGACUUCUCAAAGUUCACUACCCCAAAGAUUGGCUGGACUUUACUGCCUUUACUGUCUGUAUGAGUGCCAGCCAUACAAGCCACAGUUCAAGAUUUAUUUGUCUCUUGAGGAGUCCAGGCAACUGAAAGAUUUCGUUGUUAUGGCUAAGCAAAAUGGACUGCAGCUCGUGCCUGCACUUGUCAAAAGGAUGCUCGAUAAAGGCAUGUUUUUGCUUGGCUACAUGAAUUUGAUUGAUGACAAUGGGGACAAGCAGGUUGAGGAGUUGACUGCAUUGCAGAACAAGCGAGUAAAAUUUGCCUGUGACAAGUUAUUUGCAAAUACCCAAGCAGAAAGUUAUAUGCACAUGGACUUGGGUGCUGAGUUUGAGCUUGAUAGCAUCAAGAAAUUGUCAAAGGAGUACGCAGAAGCAAAGGAAUUGGCCCUUGCAGAGGCAAGCCAGAUUGUGGAAGUUGAAGAUGCUAAGCACCUCCUUCAGAGUGACAAGCUGUUGGGUGACAAGAUAGACGAAGUCGUCAAAGAAUGGGAUGCCCAGAAGGAGGGGUUCUACGAGAGAACAGGAUUAACCCCUCGCAAUCAGCUCAUGGUGGUUGACAAUGAUGAACCAGGAGUACAAGCUCAUGAGGACGCAUCCCAUAGCAAUCAGAUCAUGGCGAUUUACAAUGAUGAAUCAGGAGUACAAAAUCACGAGGAGGACGACUUUGAUGACUUAGAUCAGCUGCUAGAGUGAAGAAAGUCUGUAAACGCUUAACGUCGUGUAACCCUGUGAUUCAGCAUACUGCGAGAUGAAAUCCUUGCUUGUCUUUACGUGCUUCUCAUUUUUAGUUGUUGACUUUCUGUUCUCCUACCCUCACUGAAGCAAAAUCUUGUACAUGAUGGUUCCAGACUUUCAGUUUUAGUGAAGCUUGUGUCCCGUUUCAUGCA